CAGCGCAGACUGCUGGAUAUCUGCUGGAAACCACAGCUUCAGCUCCACCACAUAGUCCUCCCCCAGCAUUUGUUGAUAGAAGAUGAAGAUCUCUGCAACCAGCAGAGGAACUUCAGAGUGGAAGAGAAUGAUUCAGAGCCUACAUAGACAAAAGAGGAACUGGGGGAACCAGAACUUCAACAGAUAGAAGAGGAGCAGGAAGAACAACAACCUCAACAGACUGAGGAGAACCAGGAGGAACCACAAACUAUACAGAUUAAGGAAAGUUAUACCUUGAUGGAGAUUUCUACUUUUAAGGGACACGUUUUUACAGAAUCAGAUGGAAACAAUCAGCAGAGCUUUGAUGGAACUGAUGGUCAGGAUGAAGAAGGAAACCAACAUGAAGAAUCAACAUCAACUCCAGAUGAAGAGACAGAGCCACAGAGCAGAGAUCAGAGGAAGAGAAGAGACAGAAGUCAUGUCCAAAGUGUGGUCAGCUCUCACAUGUCAGAAGGUCAGUGUGACUCUGAUGUUAGAAAAACGUUCAAGAAAGCAACUUUGGUUAAGAAAACCAAACAGUCCCAAAAAGAAAAGAGACUUUCACAAGUAAAGUCUGGUAAAGGAACAAGAACUGCUCAUAAUAUGUCUGCCCACAUGAAAAAUAAGUCUGAUGAAGGACCAUAUGUCUGUAAAGAAUGUGGUAAAAAUGUUGGCUCCUGGUUAAAAUUUAGAAUUCACAUUACAACUCACAGAAAAGAGAAAACUUUUACGUGUAAAGAAUGUAAUAAAAGUUUUAGCCUUUUAUCUUAUCUCAAAACACACAUGAGAACUCACAGGGGAGAGAAGCUUUUUAAGUGUAAAGAAUGUGACAGAAGUUUUAGUAAAAUAUCUAAUCUCAUAUCACACAUACGAACUCAUACAGGAGAGAAGCCUUUUACAUGUAAAGAAUGUGACAAAAGUUUUAGUCAAAUAUCCAAUCUCAAUAAACACAUGAUCAUUCAUACAGGAGAGAAGCCUUUUAAGUGUAAAGAAUGUGAAAGAAGCUUUGGUCAAAUUUAUACUCUCAAAACACACAUGAGAACUCAUACAGGAGAGAAGCCUUUUACAUGUAAAGAAUGUGAUAGAAGUUUUAGUCAUAUAUCUAAUCUCAUAUCACACAUGGGAACUCAUACAGGAGAGAAGCCUUUUUCGUGUAAAGAAUGUGACAGAAGUUUUAGUCGAAAAUCUAAUCUCAAAAUGCACAUAAGAACUCAUACAGGAGAGAAGCCUUUUACGUGUAAAGAAUGUAACAGAAGUUUUAGUAACAUGAAUAGUCUCAAAAGACACAUGAGAACUCAUUCAGGAGAGAAGCCUUUUUCUAGACAAAAAUUGUAAUUUGCAAUGAAAUAAAAUUUGAAACUUAAAAAAACAGGAAAAUUUACAGUAGGCUUCAGGAAGAGAAGAAAGUAAGUUUAUAUAGGAAAAUUGAAAUAUUUUUGAAAAUUUUGUAUUCCUUUUUUAAAAGAAAGAAUUAGUGCACAAAGAUUUUAAAUAUGUAACCCAUUUUUUGGUGAUGUUAUUUAAGAGGUAAUGAAAACCCCAGGUUUUUCUUCUCAGAAAAUUAGAAUAUAAAAUGUGAAUAAAUAUUAAAAACUCCAGAGGGCCCACGCUAAUCUGCUAAAUAUGAGUACAUGAAUUGGUGAAUACUGAAAAGCGAAUAAGCAGGGGAACACUGUAACUCAUUUGAAUUUUUAGAUUUAGAUUUAUUUAAAACAUGUAAAGAAAAAAAUACAAAGCAUAAAACAGUAAAAAAAAUCUCCAUUUGUAAAGAAAAAGUCACAAACUAACUUCAAUAGGGCUGGGAAUCAC